AUGUCGUCCGACGACGACGGCGCCAUCUCGGAGGCUUACAAGGGUUACAAACUGUCGACGAACUACGUCCUGCCAGAGGUGCCUCCUGCGAUACAAUCGCAGAGCAAGCCCCGGACGUCGCCAAAGCGCAGCGAGGUACCAGAGCUCCUCCUUGAGGAUGAUCUGCUUGAAGUGCUUGUCCAAGUCGUCAUAUACAUUUACAUUAGGGAGUACUGGUCUGACACCGCCAGAGGUAGUAUGCCUUUGCCUCUGGCUGCAACUCUUACCGGCCUUGCAUUUAUUUUCUUCCUGAAAAACAUGGCACCGUUUCUUGCCAAUGACAGCCCAAAGUUCUACGUUCUGUGGAGAGAUGCCCACCGACUUCACACCAUGUACCCCAAGUUCGCUGCCAGCCUCGCCAACCGACAUGGGCCCAUCUCAGGACCGGCCAGAUUUUGCAAUCUUGGUGAAACGGUUCAAUUCUUCGAUACCUUUCGUCAACUGAUUACCGACAGAGAGGCAAGCGAAUUUCAUCGCACCGUCGACAUUGCGCAGCUACUGCCAUACCGGAGACCUGAAGCCCGAAUUUCGGCCGUUGAACCGGACGAGAGUCAGCGGACAAAACUCGAAAAGAAAAGUGUCGUGGAUGUCCUGAUGACUAUCGAAAGCAUGAUCACCGAAAAAACGAGAGCUUCCCAGCUGAAGGACUCCUUACCUCAUGAUUCCUACCGCCUCGACACCUGCACUCCGUUGCAGUUGGCGACUGAGGAAUUUCUCAAGCUCAAGGACAAGUCCUUGCCUCCCAAGACCGGCCUGGUAAUGGGAAUGGAUCUUUUCCUGUCAACCUCCGAAGGAUUCCUAUGGGCCGAUGAAAGACUUAACGUCCAAAGCUGCCGCAAGUUGGCCAUACAGUUGUCAAAGGAUAUGGAGGUUAGGAUCCUGCCUGUCAUCACCGCUGUGAAGGCCAUACCGCAGCAACAUCGCCGCCGUGGGUACGACACAAUGCUCGAAGGUUUGGAACAGCUACACGAGGACGUGGCCGCUUACCAACGUCAAGAACCUCCCGAAUUGUAUCACCAAGCGCCGUGGACUGCAGGACACCACAUGGCCGAGAUGCUGGCGCGAGCACAUCUGAUUGGCAACCGCAUCACCUGUGAGUGGAAUAUCGUGCCAUCAGUGUUGCACAUGUACAACGCCCUCUGCCGAUCUCAUUUCAAUCUUCCUAAGAUUGAACUGAUGGAAGAGCUAUGUGAGCUUUUCACCGAAUCGAUGUUCCUCGGCAGUCGUCCAGACCGCAAUUUUUGUUCGCAUUAUCGCCGGGCCAACUUUGAGACCAGCAUCUCCAACGGAACUGUGCAAAUCGUAAUGAAGAAAAACCAUUCAAUUCGAAGACGGUCUGUGCAUUCAUCCCUCAUCGAUGUUCAUCUCAACGAGCACCAUGUGUCUCAAACCGUUCUAUGCAAGCUAUACGACCUGCCAAUCAGGGUCGACCCAAGCUAUGCGCUGAGGGAGAAGAUGCGCAUGGUGAAGAAGAACAGCUUUCGGAGCUUCACCGAAAAGCUCAAGGACAAGUUGCUUCCAGAGUUCCAAGGUCCUCAUCCCGUUGCGCGAGUCAACUACUUUUCCAUCUUCGCGCUCUGUGCCCGGAUUCUCAGAGACUUUUGCCGACUGAUUCAACCAAGCACAUACCGAGCCAUCCGCAGUACCGUCGACUUCAAGUGUCUACUGCUCAAAGGUGCAUCUCUGGCCGAUACUGUGCUCCAGACGAUUGUCAAGGAACAGGAAAUCUUGGAAAUGGGGCAAAGAUUGCAGGAUAUCCAGCUGCUGCAAGCCGCCGCUGAGGCAUUCGAACCUGUUGAUAAGACGGCAACUCUCGAACAGUUUCUUUGGAAGGUCUGA